CCUUAACCAAUUUGACCAGUGCGGUUCGGUUGCCUUGUCUCCCUUCAAAGUCCUCUGAUAUGUUCUGGAUCCGGACAUGCCAAAGAAAUCGAAAGCAUCAAAGGAUAUUGUCCAAACACCACACAAGUCUGCGGUGUCGCUAGCUCUUACGUUUCCAGACAUCUUGCAGAAAGAAGCUCUCGAAUGUCGCGUACUGCUGGAAGACCAGAUCAUCCUUAUCGAUGAUUUUCUCUCUGUUGAAGAAUGUAAACGUUUUGUGAAGUUUAUCGACACACUUCCGUUGGAGUUAACACCUCCCAAGAAGAAAGGGGAGGCUGAGAGGGUCAAUUUUCGCUCUUCCGUGACGUCUAUUUCAUUUGCUCAGAAGUUGCAUUCCCUUUUGUUGCCACAUCUCCCAUCUUUCCCUCCUCCGACUUUGGUCAGGCGGCGCCCUCCCCUUGGCGAAAAGCGCUCACCUCACUCAUGCAACUCAAAUAUUCGCAUGUACAAAUACACACCAUCCCAGUACUUUGGUCCUCACUAUGACGAUUCUGUCCGUGAUCCAGAGACGCAAGCAAAAUCUGAAUGGACAGUACUUGUUUACCUAACCGGAAUCGAGGAUGGAGUUGAAGGCGGUGAGACACUAUUCUACAAGGAUGAGCGGGGGAAAGCACGCGAAAUUAUUACAGCACCUCUAACGCGUGGAACUGUUCUUCUCCAUCGCCACGGAAAUGAAUGCCUUCUUCACGAGGGUUCGCUGGUCCGCAACGGCACCAAGUACAUCCUCCGCUCAGAUCUCAUGUUCAUGUGAUGACGAUUACAAUCGUCAUAUCCUUUACUCUUAAACUUGCGAUCUCUGGUAAUGAGGACUAGGUUGAUCGGACUUUCAGCUCACUUGUUAACUUUGUAUCAAGCUUUAAAUCGUAGUGCAUACCAUCAACUUUGUCACCACCUUGGUUAUUAGACGAUGUAUCUCUAUAAAUAUUUUCGAAUGCAUCUGGAAGCUUGUACUUGAAA